UUUAUCUUUGUACUAUGCCUUUGUAGAUUAGUGGAGUACCUUCUUUCAGUGAAUACCUAGAGGUGUGUGGUGUGUGUAGCUAGGGAGCUCUUUUCAAUUCUCCACAGUGAAGAGCAUGUCUAAGGUGAUGCACCCAGCUUUGGUGUAGUAAAUCUCUUUUUAAAAUUUUUAUCAGAAGGGAGGUUUAUUCUGCUCAGCUGAGCCCUCUCCUCAAACAAAACCAGUGUCUGAGUGCUAUCCCCUGGUAUAAUAUUGGUCUGCUCUGCCCCAAGGACCACACAAAGGAUCAGUGCAGUCCUCAGUGUAAGCUCAGAUUUCCCAGCAAUGUCCCUCACCGGGUAACCAGAGAGCCUGAGCAUGUGGAACCUCCCACAGUGACUGCCCAAAGUCCCAGCUACACUGUGAGCCCUCCCACACCACCUUGGUUUAUUCAAAGUCCUGGCACACAAGCUUCCCACAGUCACAAGCACUCAGCCCCCUGUCAGUUCUCCCCACCAGACUCAGGAGUCUACUCAGUUGGUUGCUGGGCAUGGACAUGAGCUGGCACAGCCGUUACAUAUGUACAAAAUGGCACCUGCUCUCCAUCGGCUAGUUAUAGGAUGCUAUUGCAGGGUGAUCAGGGAGAGCGAAGCAUGUCCCUCCUUUUUAAAAUUUUUUUCUCUUCUGGUUUGGCAGGUAUACUAUCCCCCACGGGGCUCCAAACCAGAUUCCCUUUAGGCUCUUCCUGCAGCUUUAUCGCCAGUGGCUUGGGCUGCUGUGGUCUAGCUCUCCAGUGCUGGAGCAGAAUCUCUCAGCUGCUGGGGUCUUGAGUUGUGGGCAUCCAUGACCUCCAUGUAGGUUAACUGUCCCUCUAACUUGCAUGGAGUUUCCUCUGUCAUUUUCUCCCUAACUCUUCCCUGAGAUUGCAUUGUCUCCACUUUUAAAACUAUCUUCUCCUUGACUAGAGCAGUAAGCUCCCUCCCUAUUCCACCAUCUUAAUCCCCUCCAUAGAUUGCUUUCUAAUGUCUAGAAUAUUUAAUCAAGGGGACAUCCUGGUAGAGAAGUUUGAUCAGCUGGUAGUUGGAAAUACUUACUAUUCUGGAGAGAGGUCUAGGCAAGAGUUGCAGUUUGGUGAGUUAUUCCAAUAAAUACACUUACUGAUCUAGGAAUGUAUUUGUUAAAGAUGUGGGAAUUCAAGAACUGAUAAAUGGGAGUGAAUAAGAGAAUGGAUGAUGAUUGUUGUAAAAAGUUAAAGAAAUCAAACCACUUUUCCUUUUAAAGAAAGGGAGGGGCGAGCGUUUGGUAUAUUAGUUAAAAGACCACUUGGGCACCGUGGUGUAGCAGGUAAAGCCACUGCCUGCAGUGCCAGCGUCCCACAUGGGCACCGAUUUGAGUCCUGGCUGCUUCUGUUCUGAUCCAGCUCUCUGCUAUGGCCUGGGAAAGUAAUGGAAGAUACACCCCUGCACCCGUGUGGGAGACCUGGAAGAAGCUCCUCAUUGCUGGCUUCGGAUUGGUGCAGCUCUGGCCAUUACAGCCAUCUGGGGAGGAAACCAGCAGAUGGAAGACCUCUCUAUCUCUGCCUCUGCACCUCUGUAACUCUGCCUUUCAAACAAAUACAUAAAUCUAAAAAAAAAAAAAAAAGGCCACUUGGUAUCCUCACAUCCCAUAUUGGAAUGCCUGGGUUCAAGUUCCACCUCUGCUUGCAAUCCAGCUUCCAAAUAAUGCCCCUGGGAGGCAGCGGGUGAUAGCUCAAAUACUUGGGUCCCUGCCAUCCGUGUAGGAGACCUGAGUGGAGUGGCUCCUGCCUUCAACCUGGCCUUCAUAUUCUCUCUCUCUCUCUCUCUCUCUCUCUCUCUCUCUCUCUCUAUAUAUAUAUAUAUAUAUAUAUAUCACUCUGCCUUUCAUGUGAUUAAUAAACUUUUAAAAAUAAAAGAAUAAAGUUUGACUCUAAGAUGAAUGUAAUACACACAUAGGGACAGAAAUCCUGUAUGUCAAGAGUGGGGAUAGAAUUAGGACUUUUAAAAGCUCAGUUGUCCUCCUUCAGAACUUUGACUAGCACAAGAGCGUGUGGAACAGAAGUGUAAAGAUAUAGAAAAGUCACCAGAGCACCUUGCAGAAAUCUCCCCCCACCCCAUCCUCACUCCUGCUUGAUGGAGAGGAGAGAAUAGAAUUUUGUGAAUGUGCCCUCCAGUUGAUGAGAGGUUAUCAUCUUGACCUAAUCAUUUGUAACUGACAAAGGAGGAAGGAACUUGGAAAUGGGCUCCCUGUUUGUUUCCAAAGGCACCUCCGCAGGAACUCUAUUUGCCGUAGGUGCUCGUUAGUUCUUGAACCCAUUCUUGCUUUCUAGGCUGAGAUAUUUGGAACAUUUUGCAGAAAGAGGAAAAACAGGUGCUUAAUCAUCUUCCAGGGGGAUGAAUGGAGACUUACACCCUUGAGCAUGUUUUCAGGCACCUCAAGGGAACAAUUACUGUUUGUGUUGUUUUGAACCUUGCACCUCAGUGACUGGCCCUGCUGGCACACUGAGUUUGGGCUAAUAUGGAGUGGGAAUAUAUUUAGAAAUAAGCUAAACUAGCACCUCCAAAACACUUUUAAAAAGAAAAGAUUUAGUUGAAAGGCAGAUGAAAGGCAGAGUUACAGAGAGAGGAACAGAGUCACAGAGAGAUCUUCCAUCCACUGAUUCACUCCCCAGAUGGCCACAACAUCCAGGGCUGGGCCAGGCUGAAGCCAGGAGCCUGGAACUUCUUCCAAGUCUCCCACAUGCAUGCAGGGACCCAAUCACUUGAGCCAUCUUCCACUGCUUUCCCAUGUGCAUUAUUAGGGAGCUGGAACAGGAGUGUAGCAGCAAGGACUUGAACCUGUGCCCAUAUGGGAUGCCAGCAUUUCGGGCGGAGGCUUAACCUGCUGAAGCACAAUGCCAGCCCCCAAAAUACAUUUUUAAAGGAUUAAUUUAUUUGAAAUAUUGCCAUAAAUGGAGAAAAAAGGAGGGAAAGAGAUAUUUUAUCUGCUGUUUCACUCUCUAAAUGGCUACAAUGGUCUAGGUUGGGCCAGACUGAAGCCAGGGGCCAGGAACUCAAUCCGGGUCUCCCAUGUGGGUGGCAGGUGCCCAUGUACUUGCCAUCUUCCCCCCUGGUCUUUCAGGUGCAUUAGCAGAGAACUGGAUCGGAAGUGGAAUAGCCAGGCCUCAAACCAACACUCUAAAAUGGGAUGCUGGUAUCACAGGCAGUGGUUUAACCCAUUGUGCCACAACACUCACCCCUCCAAAAUACAUUUUAAAUUUAUUUAAAUAGCUUUUCAUUUUAUUUGAAGGGCAGUGAGAUAGACAGAUAUAGAGGCAGAGGCAGAGGUAGAAACAGAGGGACAGAGAAUUCUUCUUUCCACUAGUUCACUUCUCAAUUACCCAUACUGAAAUUAGGGCCUGACAACUUAAUCCUGGUAUCCCAUAUGCGUGGCAGGAACCCAAGUACUUGAGCCAUCACCUGCUGCCUGUUGGGGCGCUGCAUGACUGGGUGGGCAUCCUAUUCUAAGGAAAAGGGGCUUCCCAUUUCCAGGAAAAGAUUGUCAUGAGAGAUGAUGGAAUUAGGAAGUUUUUCUCUUGCUGUUUCCACGAGCAGUUAGUCACAAAGUAAUGAUGGCAUGGUGCUGAGUAGAGGCCCGGGAGAAGUACAAUGGGACCUGUGUACUGAUGGUGCAGAACCAGGAAUGGACCUCAAGUCAUUGAAUCUGUAGCAAACUGAGAUCACGCCUGACGGAAAAGAGAAAGGAGGUGAAAAUGUUAUACACUGAAUCAAUCAAUCUCUCAUGAUCUUGCAUUCACAAUAAAACAGGGGAAAACUGAUAUUGCCAAAAUGAACCCAAAAUUCCCAUUCUAGAGAGUAAGUAAAUGAGUUCUGAGAAAUACAGCUCAGUGCCCGUGCAUGGUAAUAAUAGUUAGCAUUUGUUAAAACGAAUCAUUCUUUUGAGUAUUUUAAUUACUAUCACAAAUAAAAUUAUAGAGAAAUGAGUUUGGUGGAUACUAUUAUCAUUCCCAUUUGACAGAAGAAGAAAAUGAAGCUUUGACAAUGUUAAGGAACUUCCCAAGCAUCACACAUCUCCUUCAUGACACUGCAUGGAUUUCUUUGUACUAGGCAGGGUGAGACCAGAGUCCACUUUCUUUGACCCUGGGAGUCUGACAUCAUUUCCACAUUGAACCUUGUACAGGAGAGAAAAAAUAAGGAAAACACAGUGGAAAAGCUUACAGACCAGACAGAUGCUGACUGUGCAUGCAGUGGCAUGUUUUCAUUCUAUAUUUCUGGUCCCUAGCCUCCUUUCCUAAAGUUCUCAUACUCUGUUUUAAUCCCUAUAAUUACAAAAUAUAGACAGCAGCCAUGCUUAUUAUGACAAUUUGAGUUUGCAGGGAAUGCAAUUAAGAUUACCAAGUAGUUGGCAAAAGUAAGCCACAGAUGGGGAGUUUUAAAAGAUUUAUUAUUUCUUUGUGUUGGGAAUAAAGAAGUUCUGUUUACCUGUCUCCCUGUUUAUUUAAGAGGUAGAGAGAGGCAGAGGUAGCAUGCUGAGAUUUACUUCAUUCCCCAAAUGCCCACAACUGUUGGGAUCUGAAAGCAGGAGCCAGCAACUUAAUCAAGUUCUCACAUUUGGGUGGCAGGGACCCAGUCACUGCAUCCUAGGGUCAGCAUUAGCUGGAUGCUGGGGUCAGGAGCCAGAUACUGGUUAUCAAAGCCAGGUAUUCUGAUAUAGAACAUGGGUCUCUUAACCCCUAAGGCAAAUUGCCACCCCAACCUAAGAAAUUUUUUUAAAAUUCAGUUGCUAAAAAAAAUAAAUAAAUAAAUAACCAGGUGAUUGGGAGAAGGAACGCUAGAAAACAGAUGAUGACUGGGGAGAGAUCAGUUUGUUUUAUAUUGUUUGGUUUUCAUACAAAGAAAAGCAAAAUAUUGUUGGGCCAUUGAUACAAGAGAAAGGAACACCAGAAAAUUCGUGUUCUUAGUAUUGGGAUAGGAUCAAAAUUGACCUUUAUUUCAUGUAGUGUGGUAAAAGAAGGAAUCCUGGGACAGGAGACAAGGAGCUGGUUUCAAAAAAGAGUUUUAUCAUUUGUGAGCUAAUGUCAUUGAUAACUAUUUAAUCAUUCAUCUGGCAGGCAUCUGUUGAAAAUCUACUUUGUGCUUGCAUUGUGUUAAAUGCUGAAGAUGCAACAGUGAGUAAUAUCAGACUUAGUCACUUCCCUCAUGGAAAUAUACAGUGUAAGGUGGGUUCAGCAAACUUUUCUGUAAAAGGAGAGAUAGUAGAUAAUUAAGCAUUGCCGGUUAUAGGAUUUCAAUCACAAGUACUCAACUCUGCAAGUAUAGUGCAAGUGUGGCCACAGACAAUUCAGAAACAAAUGGGCAUGGCUGUCUUUCAGUAACACUUGAUUAAAAAAAAAACAGGUGGUGGACCAAAGUUGGCUGGCAUGUUUGCUAAUUCCUUGAGUAGAGGAAGAAAUAGGCACAAGACAAUUAAUUAUGCAAAUGCUAUCAAGUGCAAAGGCCCGGUGGCAGGAGGACACAAAAAGCUGUGGAAGAACUUAGUGUGAGUGAGGGGCUGUCUGGUGACUGAGGCUGGACAGAGAGGGAGGGAGUCCAGCAGUGUCUUGCAAGACACUCCAGGUUUUAGUUUUUACCAUGCUAACAGUUGGGAAUCUUAGAUUUAAACAAGAUGAUAAUGGGAUCAAAUUCAUGUCUCAAAAGCUCAUAAAGGCAGUAUGAGUUGGAUUAACUUUCCUCCUCUGACACCUAAGGAAGAUGUCAUGUAUGUUGGAGAGUUCACUGUGGUGAACAAAUGACACUUGGUACAAAUAAGUGUUUUCUAAAAGCUAUUCAAUACCAACUUCACAUAGUGACAUUCUACAUGAAGCAACAGCAUAUUCUUUUGAAUUUUCUCUAUCCACAAAGGCAGGCUGAGCUCCUGAAGGAAGUGCUUUUGUUUAUGUUAUCAGGCGUCCUUCACCAGGGCAACUUCUCCUUAGGGUGCUGACUCCACAGAAGGAGUCUCUCUUACUCCUCACACUGUCUCUCCUCCUCUGCCUUCCAGGCACACCUGGGUGACUGCCUGGCUCCACACUCAUGAAGAUCUGCCCAGUGUAAUAGCUUCUCAAGAAUGAGAUGGAUUCUGGGGUGUCUUCGCCUGAGAAGCAGGAUAAAGAGAAUUUAGUGGGCAUCAACAGCAAACGGCUCGGUGUGUGUGGCUGGAUUCUGCUUACACUUUCUUUCCUGUUGAUGAUCAUCACCUUCCCCAUUUCCAUAUGGAUGUGCUUGAAGAUCGUUAAGGAGUAUGAACGUGCUGUCGUGUUCCGGCUGGGACGCAUCCAAGCUGACAAAGCCAAAGGGCCAGGUUUGAUUCUGAUCCUGCCCUGCAUAGAUGUGUUUGUCAAAGUUGAUCUCCGAACAGUUACAUGCAACAUUCCUCCACAAGAGAUCCUCACCAGAGACUCUGUGACGACACAGGUGGAUGGAGUCGUCUACUACAGAAUCUACAGUGCGGUCUCGGCAGUGGCUAAUGUCAACGAUGUCCACCAGGCCACAUUUCUGCUGGCUCAGACCACUCUGAGAAAUGUCUUAGGGACACAGACUUUGUCCCAGAUUUUGUCGGGGCGGGAAGAGAUUGCUCACAGCAUCCAGACCUUGCUUGAUGAUGCCACUGAGCUGUGGGGCAUCCAUGUGGCCCGAGUGGAAAUCAAAGAUGUCCGGAUUCCUGUGCAGUUGCAGAGAUCCAUGGCAGCUGAGGCGGAGGCCACCCGGGAAGCCCGAGCCAAGGUCCUUGCAGCUGAGGGAGAGAUGAAUGCUUCCAAGUCUCUGAAGUCGGCCUCGAUGGUGCUGGCCGAGUCCCCCGUAGCCCUCCAGCUGCGCUACCUACAGACCUUAACCACUGUAGCCACCGAGAAGAAUUCCACCAUUGUGUUCCCUCUGCCCAUGAAUAUCCUGGAGGGCAUUGGUGGCAUCAGCUAUGACAACAGCAAGAAGGUUCCCAGCUGAGCCUGAAGUCCUCUUGAGGGAGCUAGUCCCUCGCUUAGAGAGUUGUAUCUGUUCCAAAAUUUCAGCACUAGUGAAGCCACAGAAACUGUAGGCUUAGAAAACACUAGCAGGAGAAAGCUGUAGAGGCUACAAAAGAAACGAAGAAGUAAAACCGAGGGCUGUGUGUGACUUUUAUUAUUAAUGAUAUAAUCAACUUUGCAAUAUGCUUAUAUAGUUAACUACUAGCUGUCUCUGGCUCAUUAUCAGCAACUUUCUUGCAGUGGGAGAGGAAAUACUGGGUGACUAUGACUAAGAUUUCCAAAUUGCUUUUUAGGUGUUUCAAGAAGCAUUCUAGGUAAAAUAUAUAAAGUAACAUUGGCCUCACAUAUAUAUUACAUUAUUUACUUUCCAAUCCCAAAUAAUUACUUGCUCAGUCUCCAGUAGUUGCAACAAAAUCCCACUGUGCUGAAAAUUAUGAUUUAUUUUGAAGUUACAUCGAAAGAGGCACGGAGUUUUCCAGCUGCAAAUAUGCCAGCAUCCCCACAGAGGGAAUUGAUUUCUGCUCAUGAUCCCCACUGUUUUGUCAUACAACCUGCUGGGAGUGUCAGCCAGUUCUCAGUUUUCCAGCAUCUCAGUUGGGGGUGGGUCCAGGGGACAAGGCGUAGUAAGGUGGCAUGCUCUGGGCAGUUUAUUGGCUUAUGAAGGAGAAUGCUUUUUAAAGGUCUCAUUGGUUGAAACCAUAGGGAACAACACCCUGUGUAAUUCCUGUCUUGAUUCUGUUGUUGGUCCCAAGAGCCAUAAGUAUUGGAGGAUUGUUUGUGAACUUUACCUCUAUUCCUCAACACCUACUUGUCCUGCCCUAGCAUCCAAUAACUUGUUAAAAAUAAAGCAUCCAAAGAAUGUGAGUGCAUUUAACAUUUUGCUUUGUUGGAGACCUAUAGUGUUCAUGACUCCAAAUGUAUGCAAAUAUGUCCAUGUGUGUGAACAUGGUCUCCACACCUCUCACACUCCCUUCCUCGCCCCUCCCAUAAAAUCACACCUGCUUCACAUGCCCCCAUCUCUGCUCACAUCACCUCCAUGUCCUCUGCUCACACACCUGCUGUCUGCACACAGGCAUUAGCUACAUAAGCAGGCAGUAUGGGAAUCACACUAAACCCUUGAUUGUGUUAUUUGUUUUUUCCAUUGAAACCCUAUCACUUUUGGACAACCCACAGCUUACAGAUUUUGUAGUAGAUUCUACUGAUUCUAUGGCCCUAGCACUAAUUUUUAACCUACUGAGAUACAUAUUUUUUCCUUAAGGGCUGCUAAGUACCUGUAUUUGAAUGGAAUUAGAUACUUAGAUGCAUAGGCAUAAAUCCAAGACAGGUCAACUACAGCCACAAUCUGAGUUUGUGAGGUCAUAUCACUUAGACAGUUACUGGAACUCUCUCUACUUAGAACAAUGGCACAGAUUUCAUCCAGACUGGAACACUUCUGGCUCUGGCAGCCACCUGAGGAGUCCCUGCUGGUACAAGGGGGUGUUGCUGGCCUAUUGCAAAUAUCUUUUCUUAGCUUUAUUUUGCAAAUCUACAGUUAAUACAUUUUUGUUUGUUUCAGUAAUUUACAUUAUAAGAUGUAAAUCUUUUCAGGCAAUGCACAGCAAACUCCAGAGGUUUUCCUAAGAGAAACAU